AUGACAGUUGCAUUUCUCUCCACCAUUUACAGAAAUUAUCACAAAUCCCUCUCCAUUGCCCCAAUCAACCGCCGCCGGUACUCCGACAACAACAACAAGAAGAAGAUCGUCGUCAUUAUCGGACCCACGGGCUGUGGAAAAUCACGUCUAUCAAUCGACCUAGCCACCAGAUUCAUUCCAGCCGAAGUAAUAAACUCAGACAAAAUCCAAAUCUACAAUGGUUUAGAUAUAACCACUAAUAAAAUGACAAUGCAAGAAAGACGCGGCGUUCUUCAUCAUCUCCUCGGUGAUUUUGUACCCACAGAUCAAAAACCCGAAUUCACUCCUUCAGAUUUCCGCUCUACAGUUGAUUCCAUCAUUUCAAACAUUACAUUCCGUGGAAAAAUACCCUUAAUCGUUGGUGGGUCGAACUCAUUCAUCCACGCCCUUGUAACAAAUGAUUUCCACCCUGAAAUAGACGUUUUCAACGAGACGAAACAGGAAACAAUCUGCCAAGAGCUUCAAUACGACUGUUGCUUUCUCAAAAUCGACGUUUCAUUCCCUGUAUUGGAUCGAUAUUUAGUUAAUCGUGUUGAUGAAAUGAUGGGUUCUGGUAUGUUCGAGGAGUUGGCCGAGUUUUUUAAGUCAGAAGGGUUCUGCUCGCCGCCGGUAGGGUUGAGGAAGGCGAUUGGCGUCCCGGAAUUUGAGGAUUUUUUCAGGAAGUUUGGUACGGAUGUAAUGGAUAUCAGGGUUGAUGAGUUUGUGAACAGAGCAUAUGAGAAAGCUGUGAAUGAAAUAAAGGACAAUACGUGUAAGCUUUCAAGGAGACAAGUGAGGAAGAUCUUGCGGCUGAGGAAUGGCGGUCAGUGGGUCAUGCAUAAUGUUGAGACGACGGCGGCGUUAAGGGCGGCGACGUUAAGGGCGGCGACGGGGGCGGAGGAUGAGGUGUGUUUGAAGGAGACUGCUAUGGAGUUAUGGGAGAAACAAGUGGUCGAGCCUAGUGUGAAGAUUGUUAGAAGGUUUUUGGAAAAUGAAGUGUGA